AUGGAGUGCGGCAUCCACAAGUACAUGAGACUAUCACAACAGCAGCAGCAGCAGCAGCAGCAGCAGCAGCAGCAGAGUCUACCUAAGGCCCUGUUUCUGGUCUAUUUUGGCGCGGGCCUUGUUCCUGUCCCCUCCACCCCUCUAUUUCUCUGCGUUCCAAGCCUAAAAAUCGCCCCUCCAUUCCCCGGCGCCCACCUCCAUUCCCAUCGAAUUUCUCUUUGCCGGCCCCCAGAGAGCCUAUCAGCUUCUGCCGUUUCUCAGCUCGCAUUUUUUCUCUUCUUCUUCCUCUUCGCUUCCUCUCAAGAGAUCUUUUCACACGCCCUCGAUCGUGAGACGCAUUCCUCCAGACAAAAGGCCGCCUCCUUGCAUCUCUGCGAGCCUCUGCCGGGCGCCACGAAGCACGAAGCUGCGCGCAACUCGUAUUACUAUCUGCUUCAACCGCAGCUGCGACCAAAACAAUCACAGCACAAAUUUUUCUGUCUCUCUCCACCAUCAGCCAGUCCAGGUCCAGGCCAGGCUCUGCAGAAUCCCGGCGAUUUCUUCCGUCUUUGCCUGCUUCUGCCGCUGCCGCUGCCGCUGCAUCAGCCCUCCGUCUCCAUCCGCUGGCCGUCGAAUUUGCAGCCCCCAUCGACACACAAAUAG